AUGCCUCAUGGAUUAUUUAUUUUAGUCUACAAAUCGCCUGACUUGGAAAUAUUGACAUUUGGUAAGGUGGUGGAACGCCUGAUUAGCUUAGGAUAUCCGAAGGAAUUACGCUCAUUCGAGUACAAGCCACUGUUCCCUGUGCGCGGUCUGUGGUUCGACUAUCUCUAUGGCAAUUUGUUAAAAGUGGAUGGUUUUGGCAGUAUUCUCAUGGGUGUUCAUGGUUUUCACUACAUGAAGCCUUCCGAAAUUGAAGAGCUUUAUCCGAAUAAAUUUCUCCAUCUUUCUGACAAUCGAAUUUAUGUGCUGAAUACACUGUUCAACCUUCCGGAAACAUAUCUCGUCGCCUGCAUCAUCGAUUUCUUUGAUAAUAACCCGAGCUAUACACCGAACGAUGAUCGUACGGGAGUGAAAACUGGUGAUGUUUACAUGUCCUAUCGUUCGAUAUUCCAAGACAUUCGAACUUCAGUCGAUUGGGUACACUUUGAG